GUUGUUGUUGAAACAAGGCAGUCCUUCAGGUGAAACGUCCCCCUGAAGCCCUGGGUCCUUCGAGACUGGAGUUCCCCCGCACCUUUCCUCCCUGAGCGAAGAGGUUCCGCCAGAGCCCUGGGUUCCCCCAGCUUCGCAGGAAGGAUUUUGUGGAACUGGUCGAGUCGCUGUCCUCCCAGAAGGAGGACGAGUCGUGGCUUCCAGCCCUGCACCCCCGCAGACAAGGGCCUGCGGAAUAUGUCCCUAGAUGCAGUGGACGGAGCGCGGGCCGUGGAGCCAGAGAGGAAUCCUACAGCUAUUCCAGACUGUGCGCUUCAGAACCGGAGGAGUCGGCUGCUCCUCCUGGGCAGUGUCCGCUUGUUCAAGCUGUACCAUCUGCCUUGAGUCUGUGCUGCCGCCAGGAUGCGGUGGCGGGACCGCGUGGCCGUGCUCUUCUUCCCACAAGGCAUGAUUCUCACCAUGGCUGCACUGAUGCUCUUCUUCAUACACCUGGCCGUCUUCGCCAGCGACGUGCACAACUUCUGCGUCACCCACCACUAUGACCGCAUGAGCUUCCGCUACACAGUUGUCCUGAUGUUCUCCCAGGUGAUCGGCAUCUGCUGGGCCGCCGUGGGGUCACUCUACGCUGAGAUGACACAGGACAAGUUUCGUCGAUGCUUUUCACUGACCAUCCUGAUGCUCAACGGAGCCAUGUUUUUCAACCGCCUGUCCCUGGAGUUUCUGGCCAUUCAGUACCGGGAAGAGAACCACUGAGGCCUGGGGCCCAGGCUGAGAAGGGGGAAGGAAAAGCCUGCUUCGGGUGUUUUAAUAAAGUCUGUCAUUUAUUUCCA